AUGGAAGUAGCUCCUUUGGCCCUGGCCCACACUCAUGCCCGGAAUGCCGUGCUAGAGACUCGCAAGGCUAACCCAGUUGCUGCCAGCGAGGAGCAUGAUCUAGCCGCUGGUGAAUUUGCAACCGCUACACAGAGCAGUUCCGACCAUGAGGCGCUACGGACCCUACGUUUGCUCGAAACCCACCACAAGAAGCUUGCCGAAAUCCUCCGAUUCCAGCAUGAACAUCCAACUACCCCCCUGCCGAAACGGCAUCUGCUACUGCCUCCUCCACAAUUGGUGGGCAACACUCGUCUACCGAGUCGGGAUAAGUCCUCUAUUGCUAGUAACCUGGCAUCCGCCCGAGGAAUCCCGUCGCACCCCCGACGUGGAUCGCCAGUGUCACCAACACUUACAUCGCAACAUGUCGCAGCAAAAAUGACCGAACCUCCACUGAGGGCUAAAGCCGGCGAAACAAGGCUACGUGACGGACCAGCCAAAAAUCGACACAGUCGUGCCUCGGCACCUAGACAACCAUGGUCUCCUCCGACACCCAGUUCCACUGAGGUCAUUUCCCAGCAAACCGUACCCCCCAGUGCAGCUGAAUCCGGAGCAUCGAAAGAUAAGCCUGCGAUUGCCGAUGAAACAUUCAACCGUUUCUACUCAGCCUUCGGUGGACUGGUCUCUAAGGUGUCUGGGCCUUUGGCAUUCGCAGGGAUUCAAAUGGGGUCUGCCGAUCCAGUCCAGGCGGAACAAAGCCACAAGUCCUCAGCUGAGGUAAAACUGGAUCGUGAGCGUGUUGUUCUAGAUCGCUCCAUGACUGCGGGUGAGCCUGAUGUGAACAAACUAUUCUCUCGAGCCGCAUUGCGGUCGAUUCGGGAUGGAUCUGGGGCAGGUCCCGGGAACACAGCAGAGUCAUUCUAUGUCGUCCCAACCACGGGCGGGACUAUGUCAUACGCAGGAAUCCUCACCAGAGCUGAAAGACAGGCACGCAGGAGCAGCCUCGAGGAUGGCGACGACGACUUUGUGGAUGCGCGAGAGACCCCCUCGUCUCCUGAAAUGCGUCACAGUGCCAGCGGUUCGCGCAUAUGGGCAGGUCGACGCGGCGCACCCGAUAAGCUUACCACCCCGCAGACACAGAAGACAAUGGAAGAGAUGCAGGUAGAGAAUGAGACAUUGAGGGGCUUGACCGAUUCGCUCGCAACACGAUUGCACAUGUGGGAAGUGAGCGCGCAAUCUUCGUCGAUGGCUCUGCAACAAUCAAUCCGAAUGAUGCACCGCCAAAGUGGAGGGACGCCUGAUUAUUUCCAACCUUCAACCGCUACUACCUCGCCUGUGGCUACGCUAACUGCGCCGCCGGCUGCGGCUGAUACUGACGCUCGGAUCAAAGAACUCGAAGAGCAGAUCCAGCGUAGUGAGAAGAAACUUGAAACCGCUUCUCACGAGAACGACAAGCUCAAAAACGUUCUUGGGCGGUAUCGAGAUCGCUGGGAGAAAUUGAAAGAGGGUGCCAAAACUCGGAGAGCGGAGGGUCGUUCCGGGGACAGUCAGAGUAAUCCGCCUCCCAGUGGUGCUAGCAAGCCGUCGGAGAUCUCUUCAUCUCCAGAUCCUGGUCGAGGUUCCUCUGCUGCUCAGGCAGAAUCUCGUGCUGCAGGUGAUAGUUCGGCAUAA